CCGGGAGUCAGUGUGCGGCCGCCGCACAUGCGCGCACACGUGACCGGAAGUCCGGAGCCCAGAGGCGGACAAUGGCGGAGCUGGGAGAGGCCGACGAAGCGGAAUUGCAGCGCCUGGUGGCGGCCGAGCAGCAGAAGGCGCAGUUCACCGCACAGGUGCACCACUUCAUGGAGCUAUGUUGGGAUAAAUGUGUGGAAAAGCCAGGGAAUCGCCUAGACUCUCGUACUGAAAAUUGUCUCUCUAGCUGUGUGGACCGCUUCAUUGACACUACUCUCGCCAUCACCAGUCGUUUUGCCCAGAUUGUACAGAAAGGAGGGCAGUAGGCCAUUCCCUAGGAGAAUGACAGAAGCAGCAAAGGACUUGUUAUUAAGCAGAUUGAAGGGCCAGUAAGGGAAAGUUGUCAACCCACUGUCAGGUCAACUUCAGGCUAUUAUCAAGCAUGUUGGUGCUAAAAAGUAACAGAUCGAAAAUUCAAAAGUGAAAUUUAUUUAUUUGGAAUUCAGAAACUCCACAUUGUAUCACAACAAUUAUUCAAUAAAUGUGAGUUCUCCGACUCUA